AAAAAAAAAAAAAAAAAAAAGAUUAUUGUUCGGGAUAUGAAAUUCUCGACUUACUUUGUUGGACUUGAAGAGGCAGUCUGCGUUUUCGGCUCCCGUUCUUCUUUCCUUAUGUCUAUUUUCUUUUUUUUUUAUCUUUCUUAUUUCCCUCCAUAUUUCCCUUCUUUUUUAAUUUUUUUCCCUUCCCUCAGAUUCCAAUAUGCAGUCCGUGCUUGUGCAUACUAAGGUACAUAUGUAUGUAAUCGGCAAGCCACAAAGGUCCGCCAAUCGACACACUACCUUAUGUAUCACUUUUCUGUCAUUUCGGGAAUCCCCAAAAACAAAGAAAAAGAAAUAGAAAACAAGUAUACUCAACUCAGAGAAAGCUAGCCUUACACAAUCACAAUCCUUUAAAGUAUACAAUUACAUAUAUUACCUACUUGAUCCGUACUUCUGUCCGAUCACCGACUAGUGGGGCCUAAAUUCGCCGCAGCUCACAAACCCUGGUCACGGAUGCAAGGGUCUACGUGGAUACAUGGAUAUCAGAUUCCUUCGCCCGUUGAGGAGGGUUUUGUGGAGAUUUACAAUGCAUGGUAGUCGACCUUUGGUUGGAGUACCUGGGAUUAUGUAGGACGUAAGGGUGAUUCUGACCCUUGGCUUUUCCAGGAUUUUUUUUUUUUCAAUGCUGUUGUUGUUGGUUGAUUUUUACAGGUCUUUGUUUUGAUAACGUAGGAGUACUAUGUCAUCCAGCAUUCUAUUUUGUUUUCUUCAUUGGCACUUUAGCACUACUGAUUGAGUAGGCUACACUUGGAUGAAUGUCCUAGUUUAGAUAAUUAGAUAUGCAGUAAGUUAA